ACUACUGAUCAGUGGCGUCGCAGUGACGGCGCUGCUGGUGAUCGGAUUCUUCCUUUGGAAUCGCGUAAGGCAGCGGAAGAUCAGGGUCAGGGAGAAUCGGCAAGGCAACGACGAUCAGAGGAGCAUAGGAAGCAUUGGUUACAUUGGUGGAAACAUUGCAUACAUGGGUGGUGGUAUGGAGUAUACUUAUGAAGGAAAUUCUAACCCCUAUCAACUGUGGAAGCCACCCAGUGGAUACUUCCCUCGCGGUGAAGCACCACCGCCAUAUGAGGAAGCCGUGGCUUUGGCACAGGCGGAAGCAUUGAGUACUCAGUGCACUGUCAGUGUGGCAACAACUACACAUCGCACAAUGCCGCUUGGGCUCAACCCAAAUGAACCAAUGUUGAAUGAAGCCCAACCAAACAUAACAACGAGCACAACUAAUCUAAUAAAUAUUAAUAUAAACAAUGGUGGAAAUAUAACCGCACUAGCCACUGGAGAAAAUCAUCAAAGUCCAUACAGCUUGGCAUCGUCGAAUCUUUCAUCGAAUAAUCAACCACGCUCAACUCAAACUCAUUCUAAUUGCUCAAGUUCGUCAAGCAGCAUUGGCGAGCCUUCAAAUAUGCUCACUGUUCGUAGUAAUAAUCACAACCAAUCGUAUCAACUACAACAAGCUCAAGCGAAUUCCAGUUGUGUUCAGGCAGCGACUUUGAUGACGAUGCCAUCGAUGCAAGGUCAGACCCAAUGUAGUAAUAAUACUGCUCUAUCACAAAUGUGCAAUAGCCAGGCAACGAAUACUAUUGUUGCAACGCAAAGCCAUACCUAUCAAGUACCAACAAAUAACCAAGUAUCAGCAGAGGUAGUUGAAUGCACUUAUAAAAACUGCACACUGAACAUGAAAGUGAGUGGAAAUUCGAGACAAAAUCGUGACUCUUCUGUGCCAAAUGCGGCAUCUGCAUCAAUGCAGCAAUGUCCGACAAAUUGUAAUUUGACUGGAAACCAAGAAUGCACAAUGUCUAGUCUAAGUGAGGAGAACAGAAACUCAUCUGCGGCCAUAUUACCGCCUCCAUUGUUCGACGAAAACGAGAUGCAACCAGAAAUCACUUGUGUCGAAAUGAUAAAAACACCUUCGUCAAUGCGUCGUUAUCAUCGCACUAUACCACGUCAUUUCACGGCAACCAAUACAGAUCCGAUGGGAUCACACAAAGAUAAAGCAGGAAUUAGUGGGAGCAACGGCGGCUCAAAUACACUUCAUACACAAAGUGUAACUAAUAAGAAGCCAACAUGCCAAUGCCCCGUACAGCACGUUCCCAUGACUUACAUGGGAACUAGCCAUUUUAACUCUCAACAUCAUAGCCAGAAUAAUAUGUUUUUAUCGAGUUUAUCGACAAAAUUAGUGAAUAAUAAUGUUGCUAGCAGUAAUGCAAAGCCGAGCAUAGCCUUGCCCGCAAAGAAUAGCUCACACUCAACGAGUACAUCUAAAGGAGCUUCGAAACUACACACGGACACGUCUUCUUCAUUCUUAAAGACUGAACACUCAAGCAGCGGAACAUUAAGACGCUCUAAUCAUCAUUCAAGUGGGAGUUAUCCCAAUCAUAACGGGAACAAAAUUGCAACAAUAUCACGCCAUGUUGUGGAGCAGCGACAUCACGAUACAGGACAAACUCAACAACAGCACAGUGGCCAAGUUCAAUCUAUUUUAAAAACGCCAACUGCAAAAGAACGUAUGCAUAAUAAUCAUCAUUCAAAUUUGAUGAAAUCUUCAGUAGGAAGUGAAGUGUUUAAUCCACCUUUUCCCAUUCAAUUUAUCGAUGGUAUGUCGAAAUUAAAUGCCGCAGACAGUUCACAACAUCCUGCUCUACCACCAAAGAUGUAUAAAAGCCAUCAGCCGUCGUGCAGCCAGAAUGGUGGACUAAAACAGUCGAAUCCGGCAUACGUCUCGAAGAUACACACAAUAUCGAAGCCAUCUGAAGCACAACCUGUCCCUCCACGCACCACAUCAGUUUCAAGGUCGAGUGGAGCGUACUCGCAUCAACUUAACAUCUUAUCGACUGCCCCACAGCAAUAUCCCUCCUCUCCAGCCUAUACAAAAUCACUGCCCCGUAAGGAUGAUAAGAUCCACACAUUGACGCUGCCACCUCCUGCGGGGAUGUUGAACGUCGAAAAGUCGCAGAGUAUGGGAAAAAUAAACACCACAACAUAUUACCCCAUGCAAAAUGGUCAUGUGACCUACACCCUGCCUAAAUCAUCGAAUGGCAAGGUCUCGCUCAACAGUACUAUAGCUAGUGUAGUAAGUAAGGUCCCGUCAGUGAUUAGCAUCCCCUCUCCUUCGAUGUCGUUACAAACGAUUGAUAAUGCAGUUCAACCCAACCAACACCCAACAACUCCCACCCAAACUAUUGCGCCAACGUCGUCUUCAAAGGCUCUACUGUCCGCUACAACAUAUGAUACAAUACACAAAUCUUCUGUUAUAAAUCAACCCUUCUCCAGUAUCCCACCCACCGAAAAGAUGAAAUCCACCACCCUACCGAAAAGUAAGGUAACUACACCUACAACUUCUGCUCCGUUGACGUCAACUUUUUCGUCGAAAUCUGAUGAGAAACCGCUUCCGGUUUGUACAACUUCAAAAAAUUGCUCAAAUCCAAAAGAACAUUUCUUGCCGAAUGACACCAGUUUAGAUGAUGACUAUCUAAGUGAAUGUGAGAAUUGUAAAACAGCACAUAGUUCACGCUAUUACUUGGAGGAAGAGAUCGAAGAAGCACCUCAAGAAACUAUGACAUUGCAACGGAAAAUGGAUGAUAAGGAAGAGGAGCCAGCGUAUUAUAGGACCUCUUUAACAUUACCGACAAAUACCAAGAAGACCACCACAAUAAAAAACAACCGUGAACAAUGGUUUUCUUCAAUACCAGCAAGUUCAUCUUCAGACGAGGAAGCAAACGAAUGAGAUUUAAGUCAUCUUCUUUAAGUGUAAGUACCGCAUUUUAUCUAGAAAUAAAAUUCAGUUAGAAUUCCAAUUAUUUUCAAGAAAUUCAACAAAUGGUACAAAAUGAAGCAAACAAAAUCAGAAAUAUAAUUUAAUUUUAGGCAAUGAUAGUUACGUUUCCAGUUCAUUCUUUAUAGAACUCUGAGAAAUGAAAGCGGGUUACCAUUUCAUGGGCAAAUGUGUUAUAUAUUCUGAGUUUGCUUAGUGUUAAUUUCUAAUAAAAAGCCUGAAUGAUACCAAAGAUUGUAAACAAAUAUUUUUAAAUGAAAUCUCAUAUUGAGUUGGUGAUUAGAAAUUGAUUUCCAAUGUAUAAUUGAAAUGUUAAUUUUCUCAAAUACCUAAGAAUGGAAAAAACUUAAAGAAGAUAGAAAAUAAGAUAUUCAAACAGAACCAUUUUCAAAAGUAUUAGAUGUAUUAACAGAAACUGGAAGGAAAGCGUAAAGCUUAGACGUAACUAAGAUUCAAUAUAUCGUUUUAUCUAAGAGGUCGAUCGGCGUGUAAUGCGCAAUUGUAUAUAGCAAGACUGCCGCAUUAAAGUAUUAGACAGUAUUUUCGAAAACAAAUUCUGUUAGAAUAUAUCUCGAAUUUUACGUUUUAUUCAGAACUAUGGUAAAUAUAUUUGGCUUUAGUGAUAAGGAAUUUCUUAAUGCAUUUAAUUUGGCAACCAUUAUAUUGCAAACAUUUCUGUAGACCUACAAAACCGCAUGUUAGAUAUCAGAGUGCCGUUUGUUUGGCAUUCCUUAAUAGUUACAUCCUUUGAAUUAGGAAAAUAGUAAAUAAUAUGUAUAUUGUUAGCCAAGCUCUUCAGGCUACGGUUUUACAAUUUUCUUUUUUCCGUUUUGCGAACAUUCCUUUAAACGCAGUUUUGAAAAUAAGACGGUGUCAGCGUUUAGUUCUACCAAAACCGAUCACCAGUUAUUUCGUAGCUCAGGAAGUUUCAGAUUGGAAUGCAUUCAAAGAAAGAUGUGUGUAAAUAUAACACAUCGUUCAAUAAGUCCCGGGACUAACUAUGAAAACAAUCUUUUAUCGGCAAAAUUCUUUAUUAUUCAUCAACAUAAUCUCCUUCAAGGGUUAUACAAUCAUUCUAACGCU